UACCAGUGCGCUGACAAAUGUUACUACUUUACGGUGACAGGUUGCCCUAGCUGCUUCACUCUGUAUUUCCCUGUAAAAUCCAAGGUUAACUAGAAACUAGGAAACCUGGGCAGCUGCCUGUGUCCAGAUUGUCCCAGGUGGCCACCACCACAAGACCGGAAUCUCCCUCUUUGAGCACAGGUGCGCUCCGAGGAUUGACAGAUCCGGACGGGGCCAGCUGGGUAUAUUUGAAGCAUGACUGAGAACAACGUGGACCAGCCAACUUCAGUAUCUCAGCUCUUAAGAGAGAACUACCUGGCGGAAGCACGAGCACACCAAAGACACAGCGAGAUGAGUCGCUCUGACUCCUCCUCCUCGCGGCGCCUCGUCUAUGGGCCUCUCAAAUGCAAGGCUGAGGAUUCAGUGGGGCAUGAAGACCCCCAGCUCCCAGACCUCUCAGCCUUCCUGAGUCAGGAUGAGCUGGAUAAAAGUGUCAACCUGGCUCGCCAGGCCAUCGGACAUGAGUCCUAUCAGGAGAGGGCAGAGGUCAAGUCCCUCACCGCCUCUGCCACCAACUCCGCCACCUGCUCUGCCACUUCCUCUGCCACCUCCUCCACCGCCCCUUUAACCGCUCCCCCCUCCACUCCUCUUGCUGCCCCCUACACCCCCUUUGCUGCCCCUUCCUCCACCCCCUUUACUCUCCCCUCAGUCUUGCCAACCACACAGUUAGCCCCAGAAAGAAAAGAGCAUCCACUGACACAAUCUACAUUGUCAGCAGAGAGACAGACACAACAGCCCCCAAUGCAGGACAGUAUAAUGAGGAAUAACAAGGCCCCCAAGGAGGGCUUUCAAGACUUCAACGUGUCAGCCAGGAACACACCGUAUGGCCCGGAGACACAGUCCAAAAAGGAGUUCCUCAACAAGGCUGCAGACUUCAUUGAAGAGCUCUCGUCUCUCUUCAAGGCCAACAGCUCCAAGAGGAUACGGCCGAGAACGUGCAAGGCCCACAGGAGCAGGCAUCAGAACAAGAGCCAUUCGGAAGGGGCUGUGUUCGCCCUCAACACAGAGGACAGGGAGAGACCUAUUCUACCUCAAGAGAUGGAGAGGCCUGCUCCUGCCUUCGGCUGCCAGCCUGAGAACCAGAUGGACCCAGCUGAGUUUGACCAUGCAUCGCCCGGGGAGCUCACCAUGCAGGACUGCAGGACUACAGAGGAUCAGUAUGAGUCUGGGGGGACGGAGGUGGAGGAGACCGAGAACCCUGUCCUUGCAGAGAACACCUACAGAGCAGAACCUGUCUGUGAACCGCCUUGCUUCAUCCAAAAACUGAAAAGCAGGGAAGUUGCAGAAGGCAUCAAGGUCCAGUUGGACUGCAUCGUAAGAGGACUUCCCAUGCCUGAAGUCCGAUGGUUUUGUGAGGGGAAGGAGCUGGAGAACAGCCCGGAUAUUCAGAUUAUCAACAACGGCGAGCUACACUCUCUGAUCAUUGCAGAGGCGUUUGAGGAAGACACUGGGCGUUACUCCUGCUUCGCCUCAAACUUCUACGGCACAGACUCCACCUCUGCAGAGAUCUACAUAGAAGGAGCCUCCUCCACAGACUCUGAUGGGGAACAACGUUUUGAACAUGCAGCACAACUGAAGAGCAAAACAGCCCAACUGGCCCCAUUUGUACCUGUGGUGGCCAAUACAGCGGUGUCUGUUGAUGUGGAAGACCACCACUCAGAGAAUUAUGAGGAGCCUCAACAUGAAGUCUCCUCAAAGCCAUCUGGUCUCAUGACCACAUCCUCUCUACCUCUUCAGACAACAACCACUGUGAUUCCUGUUCUGGAAAUACCACCUGCAAUACCUGAUCAGGAGGGCUUUGCACGGGCAGACGCCCUGGAAGUGACAGCACCUGUCCAGGAGGUUCCGACACUGUCAUCUGUAAAUACAGAAUCUACACUCGCACAGGACAAGCCGAGACCUUUAGCUGCUUUGGCAACGUCCAUACUGCUACCUGUGCUUACUACUACAACUCUACCACUGACCCAGGUGGUCUCCACUGCACUGCCCAUCCAAGUGGCUCCCACACAAACAACUCCCCCUGAGAAUCAGAAUUCCAACGAGAUUCACCUUCAAGAAUUAGACCUUAGACCUAUCAUGGCUGCUCCUGUAUUCACAAAGUCUCUGCAGGACCUGUCGUCGUUGGAGGGCCAGCUGGUGGUGCUAGAGGGCCGUGUAAAGGGGGUGCCCUCCCCCAAAGUCAGCUGGUACAGAGAUGGAAUUGCUCUCGAGGACUCCCCUGACUUCAGAAUCUUACAGAAGAAGCCUAGAUCCAUGGCAGAGUCAGAGGAGAUAUGCACUUUGGUCAUUUCUGAAGUUUUCCCUGAAGAUUCUGGUACAUUUACUUGCACUGCAAGCAACAAGUAUGGAACUGUGUCCAGUAUUGCUUCACUGAGGGUAAAAGGCAAUGGCAAUAACAGCAAUCAUGUGCAAGCCAGUCAACUCACAGAGCCUUCACUAUCUGAACUCCUCAAACCUCAGUCUGAGAGCUCUAUGAGCAUCAAGCCACACUCCAGCACCAUCCGCUUGGACCCUCUCAACUCCAGUAGCCUACGCCUGGACCCUCUGAGCACCAGUACUCUGCGUCUAGACCCUCACCGCUCCAGCAUGCUGCGGCAGGACCCUCUCAGCAUCAGUCUCCCCAGCCUGGAUCCCCUUAACCUCAGCUCCCUCCACCAAGACCUGCCAGGCUCCACGAUGGUGCGUCCAGACGCCCAAAAGACUCAUGAGGGGGCCUCAUUUUACAAACCCUUCACAAGCCCACUGACGACCGAGUCCCAAAGCACAAGCUUUAAAAAUGGUCAGGAAGAUUCUAGACCUAAGGCAGCCAUUGUUGGGUCACCUAAAGGGGAGGGGACAGUCAACCACCAGAAUGUUAACCCCACUGUUGUGCCACUGCCAGACCCCCCAACCUCAUCCUGCCUGAAGUCUGGGGUCCUGGUAAACCACAAAGAGCCUCGGUCCGGCUCCAGGGUGGGACUACGUGUUCACUUCAAACUGCCAGAGGAUGAGGAGGAUGAGGAUAGUGACGCAUCCAACAGCCAAUCAAAUGAAGAUAUGGAUCAGGCAUCAGCCAACAAAGAACCGCCACCAGUACUGGCCAAACCAAAGCUGGACCCGGUCCAACUCCAGCUCCUCCACGAUCAGGUCCUGAUGGAACAGCAACAGGAGGGUGAACCCUCAAACCAGAAGGAGCCUCAGUCUCAGCCCCAGCCCCAGCCCCAGCCUCAGCCCACAACGCAGUUCCAGCCCCAACCCCAGUUCCAGCCUCAGUCCCCAUUUCAGCCUAAGUCCCAGUCUGAACCAAGCCUAUAUCCCCCACCCAUUCCCACAUUCAUGCAGACAUCUAAUGCACCUGUAUUUACCACAGCCCCCACAUCUUCACUGACCUCCAUUCCUGUGACCAGACUACACACCACCAUUGCACCGCUAGUGAGCACUAUGCCUGCACCACUGCAAAGCAUCACAUUUGCACCUCACUUGAACUCCGCCACUACUCCACCUAAGAGCACCCUGCCAUCCCCUCCCCUUCUGAAAACAGCUCCUCUCAUUACGUCACCUCCCCCUGCCCCUCAACUGACAACAACUCCUGCACACUACAUGAAUACAACACACACACACCCCUUCAGUGUAGCAGCUGUUACCCAGAUGAACACAAUUCACGCAUCUCAUCUGAAUCUAGCCCCUUCAUCCCUGCCUAGGACCCUACCCACCACCCCCCAGUUUAGCUCCCCCUCCACCCCACAUCUGAGCACAGCCCCCGCAGCAUCACUCAGCUCCAUCCCUGCUUCUUUUAACAAAGUCCCCACGUCCCUUCAGGAUACCUCCCCCUAUCCCAUGCUGAGAAGCACCCAUGCUUCCCUAAUGAACUUGGCCCCCACAUCCCAGAGCUUCAACUACGCUAGGCCAAAGGAGUUCAUCGCUGCCCAGAGCCUCUCUCCAGUCAGGAGUCCCUCUCCGACAGAGUCCCCUGUUCCCCUGCUCAAUGAGCUUGCCGCUGAGCUCCUAUCCUCCACAGCCAAGUCCCCCACCUCCACUCCCUUCUCCCCCCCGCCCAGGGUCUUCCCCACCAGGGUGCUGAAGUCCCCCACCAGCCCCACCAGCCCCCUCAGCUUCAUGUCCUCUCCCACCCUGGUACCCGCAGCCUUCCUCAACUCUGUAUUUGCUCUACGGUCACAGUCGCCCCCCCAGGCCUCUUCCCCCACCUCCAGCAGCUCCACCCCAAGCCCAAUUCAGAACCCCGUAGCCUUCCUCAGCUCCGUCUUGCCCUCUCUGCACACUUCACAACCCACCAACUCCAUGGGCCUGCCCAGAAGCGCUCCAGCAGGGCCUCCUCAAGGCAUACUGAAGAGGAUGCCCAGGACUCGUUUAUUGUCAGACGAUGACAUUCGAGACAGCAGAGAGUCCCUCUUUCAAGAUAUAGAGAAAAAGCUUUGGUUCAAAGAUGACGCCACGCGUUUUUUACAACAGAAGCCGACUAAUGAGGGGAAAACAGCAAGCAGACCCCUUGGACCAAACAUUCCCGCUACUGUCUUUAACUAUGAUGAGGAGUACAAAGUGUCCAACUUUGAGCAUAGACUGAUGAGUGAGAUAGAGUUCCGUCUGGAGCGUACACCAGUGGAGGAGUCAGACGACGAGGUGCAACACGAUGAGAUCCCCACAGGGAAGUGCAUCGCCCCCAUAUUUGACAAGAAGCUGAAGAACUUUAGGGCCAUGGAGGGUGUCCCAGUCACGUUCUCAUGUAAAGUCGUUGGCAUCCCCGUACCUAAGGUUUAUUGGUUCAAGGAUGGAAAGCAGAUCCUGAGUAAAAAUGAUCACUUUAAGAAGAUCAGAGAGGGGGAUGGAACCUGUGCCCUCCACAUAGCGACCACCAUCAAUGAUGACGACGGCAACUACACUGUCAUGGCAGCUAACCCCCAGGGACGAAUCAGCUGUUCCGGUCACUUGAUCGUCCAAACCGGUCCCGUACGAAACCGUCUGACACCCAUGAUUCACUCUCAGAGAGUACGGGCCCGUGUACAGGAAGUGGAGGAGGGUGAGCAAACCCAGGAACGCUUUUUCCGACCUCACUUCCUGCAGGCUCCAGGAGAUAUGCUGGCCCAUGAGGGCAAGCUGUGUAGGUUAGACUGUAAGGUGAGUGGCCUUCCAAACCCAGAGCUGAUGUGGUUGAUUAACGGAAGGCCCAUCUAUCCAGACUUCUGCCACCGUAUGCUGGUGAGGGAGAACGGUGUUCAUUCACUGGUCAUGGACCCCCUGACACAGAAUGACGCAGGGACAUACACCUGCAUCGCCAGCAACAAAGCGGGACAGAGCUCGUUCUGUCUGGAGCUAAAGGUUGUUGAAAAAGAAAUGAAGCAACCACCCCAGUUUGUUGAGAAGCUCCAGAACACUGGUAUCCCCGAGGGAACUCCGGUCAGACUGGAGUGCAGGGUGGUGGGCCUGCCCCCUCCUGUCAUCUUCUGGAAGAAGGACAAUGACAGCAUCCCUUGCACAAAGGACAGAGUCAACAUGCAUCAGGAUGCCACUGGUUAUGUUUGCCUUUUAAUUCAACCAACCAGGAAAGAGGAUGCUGGUUGGUACACGGUGUCAGCUAAAAACGAGGCUGGUAUCGUAUCAUGCACAGCUAGGCUAGACAUCUAUGCCCAGUGGCACCAGCAGGUCCCAGUGCUCAUGAAGAAGUCUCAGCGCCCUGGAAGCCGCUAUGCUGUUCUGACAGGUCAAGGCCUGGACAUCAGGUCUGCCUUCCCCACCACAGACAACAGCCCUAUUCUGUUCUCCAGCUCCCCUGUGGAGGCCACACUGGAGAGUGAGGAGCUGUAAUCCGGACAGGAGACAUCUUAGUUCAACCAUACAUCCAAAGACACCACACACACUAUCCCCACCAGCACUGGCUCCAUAAGUCUAAACCACAAUCAUCUGUAGCCUGCUCACCCAGUAUGUACGGUAGCAUGAGCUGUUAUCUUCUACAUCUGGAAUUAUGUAACUAUACAUCAUAUAUCUGGGGAGGUGAGGUGAGGGGAAAUACAAAGAGAGGAUUACCAUAUGAGAAGAAUGUCCCGUGAUUUGUGUGGUUGUCAGAUGUGAUAUAUUGACAUUAGAAUAACAGAGAAUUUUUGUUUCACCGAAUCAAGAAUCGUAUUUGUUAAACUGUCAACCUAAUGGUGUGGCCAUUCCUACUGAACUGCAUCAUUUGUACUGUCUUAUACACACUGUCCCACAAAGCAAGAUCAAUGUGCAAAGUCUUAGUUCAUGAGUCACCUCUGGAGUUUUGAAUAAUAGAUAGUUCAGGUUUUCUACUUCCUUGUAGCAUCAUCGUGAGAUUAUAGAUUAACAAUGAGUACAGACUUUCAUUAAGCACUUCAACCUGUUUUUAUGGCAUAGUUUUAAAUACAUAGUUUUACUAUUUAUAUGGGUUUCACACCACUUAUUUUUACUGUAAACUUAGAGUAUAUUAAAUUACAUUGUAUUGAAGUUAGUAUUAUGUAGUAGAAUGAAAAAUUUGUGGGCUGAUUCACCAAUUUUAUGUUUGCUAAAGAGUAGAUUGUGAAAAUAUAUUACAAUAAUUUGAAUUGAACUUUAAUUUGAGUAUACUAUAUCUAGAUUCCCUUUUAUAUUCAAUUCAAGAAACAUUAUUUUUAAAACGUCACACACCUUUACACCCCAUUGUUUAUGCAUGCUUAAGUAAAUGAAAACAAGCCCACUGAAGAAAGGCUUUGUUACUUCUCACUGCCAUACAAGCACAAAGUUCUGGUCAUAGUAGUUCUCCUUACUGCACAUCUAGAGUCUCAUUCAAGGUUUUGCAUUUUAAACAUUCAAACACAAACAUAAUGUUUACUUUACAGAGUUGAGUUUUUAAAGUGAGGAACUUUGGCUCCUCUGUUAUGUCUUUACGGUAAUAUCGUUUUAUUUUGAAAGAUAUAAUUGUGUGUUACAAUUUGUCUACUGAUUUGGUAUUUUUUGUUUGGCUAACAACUAACAAAUGAUAAGUUAAAUGUUUAAAAGCUUCUGUUCAAAUAAGAUAAAGUUGCACCAUGUAAAAUAGUUAUGAUAUGUAAAAUAUAUAUAAAAUGAGAAUAAAGUUG